AUGCCUUCCCAAGAGGGCUCCCAGCAAUCUGUUGUCCUGGAGGCUCCCAACGCUUCAUCCUCCCCGCUGUUAUCACAGAUGACUCCCUCAACACACCAGGACAGAGAUCGCCCUAUAAUUCGCCUUAUCCCUCCUCCGCCCUUCAACUCUACAGGUGCACACUCUUUCGCACCUUCGUCCUCCACUUCCGUCUCCACCAUGCCUACGCCGAGGCUUAAACUUGCGGAUCAGCAUAUUAAAACCCUCUCGUCUUCAAUCAUUGCUUUGCGCACGAAUUCUGCACACUACCUCCUCCAACACAAAAUUCUCGAGAUGGAAACCACGGAAGCUGCAGCACGGCAUCAGGUUGAAUCAGAGAUUACACGCCGGGAGGUUGAGGUACUACGACUAGACCAGAGCUCAUUCAGUACAACCCAACAGCUCGCGCUCGCGGAGGAGAAUGAGGCCUAUAAACGCAGGCUACGAAAGGCAAAGCGGUCCAUCAAGAACUACCGCGAUGAAUUGGGCGAUUUCAAAGAUGAGAAUGAAAGAUUGAAGAAAAGGAUCCGCGAUAAUCGGCAACAUCAAUUAGACGCAUCACGCUCCCCUGAUGCUCGUCAUGUCACUGCUGGCGGUGUAGAAAGAAGUGCUCCAGCGAGAAGAGUAGGUGGUGCUGGGGGGAGAGGCACAGCCGAAGAUGAUGGAUUAGAAGCUCUACGCCUCCUGGCGUCCCAAGUUUUGUCCCAAGAAAUAGACGAGGAUACAUGCUAUGUUGACGCGGGAAGAGUAACCACACCUCAACCAAAGCUUAAGAAACCUACUACGUCAGAUUCUACACACAAUUCUAUCCGCCGGACCCUGAUGAGCCCUGUUGCCUUCACAUCCUCUUCUGCCUCCCGAAGUAAAAAACGUCGUCACUCCCGUGACUCCACAAUAUCUGCAUCAGAUAUUGAUGCAUCACUCGACAACGACGAUAAAUAA